AUGAUUGACUACUCGACCCUGGCGGUAGGCCAGGAGGUCUCGCACAGGUUGAUCCGCGUCGACGCCGAUACCGUGACGAAGUACGUCGGCGCGGUGGACGACGCUACCGCUAGGCCCGGCGGCCCGGGGGAGGCGAAGGCUCCUCCGAUGGCGGUUGCCGCGCUGGGACUGCGGGGCGUGCUGGAUGACCUGGGCAUCCCGAGUGGGGCCCUUCAUGCCGGGCAGGAGCUCCGGUUCUCGGGCCCCGUGGACGUGGACGCAAGCCUGGUGUGCCGGGCGACGGUAACGCGCAACUCGGUCCGGCGCGGUUCGCGUUUCGUGGACAUCGCCCUGUCGGUCGUGGGCAAGGAAGAGGGAGAGGUGAUGUCCGGGACUACGACCCUAAUCAUGCCGGGCGAGGCCGGGUGA